AUGUCGAUGCGCAUUUUCACCCAGGCGCUCGGCAUGGCUGUCGACGAGGUCGAGCGGUUCCUCGCGGACAUAGCCAGGGAGCUGCAGGACCGUAACAUACACUUUUACUAUAUCUUGUAUGCUGGGAUGAGUGUGUAUGGACGGAAGCCGGAAUAA